AACAUUGAAUUUUUAAAGGUUAAAACUUGUUGGGUUCGUAAACUUUUGGUCAGUAGUGAUGCUUCCAGAAAUAUAAAAAAUAAAGGAAUAGGUAAAAUUAAAUAAAAUUUCUAGAACAAUUCAUUUAUACAGAGUACUCUUAAACUUUUCCAUGUGUACGCGAUAACUACGUUUCUAUUUUACAUAUGUAAAUAUACAUUUACAUAUAAUACUCUGUUUUUUACACGUGUAUACAUAUAUACAUAACCUAUAAAAUUUCUGUGACACGUGGGCGAUUACUGUCACAACAAAUGAGUUUAUUUGUAAUAAACAGAUACGAGGGUGAAAAAGAGGUAGAAGUAAAAGAUGAAAAGAAACAUUUGUCUGAAUUGUUAAAAAAGAUAGAGGAGCGCAAACGGGAGAAGGCAGCUGGGAAUUUGUCUAAAGAUGUAGAGGAGCCUGAACAGAAGAAAAGAAAACGUAAGAAAGAAAAGAUUGACGAAAGUUUGGAGCAAGAUAUUAAUAAAACUACAGUAGAAGAUAACAUUGAGCUACAAGUAGAUCAGCAGAGAUCCCAUAAGAAGAAGAAAAGAAGGAAAAAGGAUAUAGAAUUUGAUGAAAAUAAAAGUUUUCAAAAUGAAACUGUGGACAAUCAUGAAAAUGAUGUAUCUAAUAGAUUGAUAGAUUCCAAAAAUGUACAAAUAUCAAAACAAACUAAAGACUUUGUGGUCCUGGGUAGUAAAACUAAAAGGAAAAAACGAGAAGUGAAGAGAGUAUUGCCAGAAUGGUUGAUGAGUCCAGAAAUUAUAUCAAUCGAUCUGAACAGUGGUCCAAGCUUGGAAGAAUUCCAUUCGAUCUUAGGUCUUAAAAUGAUCAAAGUAAUGAAAACCAAUGGCAUCGAUAAAUUAUUUCCUGUUCAAGCGAGCAUGAUACCAUGGUUAUUGAAAUGCGAUAAAGACAGACAGCAAGGAUGGUGGGUACGCGAUACUUGUGUAUCUGCUCCCACUGGCAGUGGUAAAACUUUGGCGUAUGUUCUACCAAUUGUACAAAUAUUACAGUCUCGAUUGGUACCAAAGAUUCGUUGUUUAGUUGUUGUACCCGCGCAAGAAUUGGCUGCGCAAGUUUAUAAGGUGAUGACUAUGUAUACAUCUCACACAAGCCUUAAAGUUGGUCUACUUUCUGGUGCAUCUUCGAUCGAGCAAGAGCAAAAUAACAUUCUCAAAAAGACCAUUAGAGAGACGUAUAUAUCCAUGGUAGAUAUAAUCGUUGCUACACCAGGACGUCUAGUGGACCACAUUUUAAAAACACCAGGGUUUUCUUUAGAUGAUCUUAGAUUUCUCGUUAUCGACGAAGCUGAUAGAGCUGCCGAUUGGUUGAAACAUCUUCCUAAACAGCAUCGUUAUCCUCCACAACUGACACUCUUCAAUAUGCGUCACAGUAAAAUUCCCGUACAGAAACUUCUGUUUAGCGCGACCCUAUCUCAAGAUCCGGAAAAGUUGAAUCACCUUGGUCUCUUCAAACCAAUAUUAUUUACGUCUGUCCCGAUCUCUGACAAAGACGGCGAUGUGAACUUGGACAAGGAAGUAGGCGACUUUAUAGGUCGUUAUACAAGCCCUGAAGAAUUAACAGAACUUGCAGUAGAAUGCACGAUGGAGUACAAACCAGUUGCCGCGUACCAGGUGCUAGUUAGGAAUGAUAUGCCUUUCAAGACAUUAAUUUUCACAAAUUCCGGAGAGUCUGCCCAUAGAUUGACUCUCUUGUUGGGAUCGAUUUUAUCUGAUCAGAAUGUAACAGUUGGAGAGCUUUCCGCGCAGCUUAUGCCAAAGCAACGGGAAGGUAUGCUUGGAAGGUUCGCUGCUGGAGAGAUUCAAAUUCUCGUGAGCUCCGAUGCAUUGGCAAGAGGUGUCGACAUUCUGGACAUUCAGCUAGUCAUAUCCUACGAUCUUCCCAAGCAUAUCAAAGGCUACAUUCACAGAGCAGGAAGAACAGGUCGCGCGGGUAAACCUGGCACAGCGAUCUCUAUCCUCACACCUAAGCAAGUCGGGAUAUUUAAACAUAUGCUGACUAAUGCUCACAAAGCUGUGCCAAGUAUCGAGAAAUUAGAUUUGGAGUCUGUUGCAAGUACGAUCGAUUACCCAAGCCACGUAGAGAAGUUAAAGCAAGAUCUUGAAAAGGAGAAACAAGACAAUUUGCAGCGGAAAAAAUCUGUUAAACCAAUUCAAUCAGUCAUGAACUUUGAUUAAUAAAGUAUAGGUGAUUA